GGCCUUGCAGGAGGCAACGAGCCUCGGGCACAUUCGCUCGCCUGCUCCGUGCACCGAGGAGCCUGUUCCCGAGCCGCGCCAGCCGAGCCAGCUGCGCGCCGUGCUCGGUCCGCUCGCCGCGCCCGAGAGAGCUGCCCCAGACGGAGCCAGCCCGCCGGCGCCGAGCUGCCGAGAGCCCGGCCCCCGAGCCCCUGAGUGCGGCGCGGCGAACCCCGGAGGCGGCAGAAGGACCCGAGCGCCAGGAGAGGGCGGACGGGGGACAAGGAGGCUCCCGGGCGCGACGAGGAGUCUCGGAAGAGGAGGCGGCGUGAGGACACCGGGGCCUCCUGCUGCUGCAGCCGGGUUGAGGCGAGCAGCCCUUACGGAGAGCCCGGCGGUCAGCCGCGGACAGGGGAGGGGGCGCCGGCGGCCCCCGAACUAGCCAGCAGCUUGCGCUCUGGAGGGCGAGAGCGCGCGACCCGCCAGGGGCCCGCCGCGGCUGCCGCGCCGCCCUCCCCCGCGCUGUCAGCCCCGCCGGGCGCAGUCGCCGCCGCAGCAUCUUCUGCCCCUGCGGCCCCGCCAGCCCCGAGGAAGUCCCAGCAGAGGAUCGGAGCCCCUGGGAGCGAAGGAGGAAAGACCAGAGACUCCUCUAAAUCACCUAUAUGCGGAGGAUUGAAGCAGUCUAGCCAAAGCUUUCUGUGGAUUAAAAAUAUAUACAGCUUUUUUUUUUCUUUUGGCAGAAGAAAAGGAGAGGAAGACCAGCGGGGAUUUGCAAGGAAAAAAAGGGGAUGUAACUCGUGGAUACGUUUUUUCCACCCCUCAAACGUCUUCUUCUACUUUGUAAACAUUUUCUUUUUUUAAAUCCCAGUUCCAGUCGGACGGCCCCAGACCUCCAGGGUGAGAGGAGGUGGUGUUUUUCAUUUUGGGCUUUGCAUAUUUGGUUCUUAGGUUUUGAGAGAGCCUUCUUGUUUCGCCAGACAUCUCAUGCAGGGUGAAGUCCACUCGGCCCCCUCCCCCGAGUCUUCGUGUGCACGGAAUUUGAGGAGAUCCGGUUACUAAGGAUAUAGAGGAAAAAAAUAAAUCGCGUGCCUGCUUUUUUUUUUUAAUUGCCUGCUUCUCCCCACCCCCAAAUUAAGUUGCUUAGCAAGGGGGAAAGAGGCUUUUUCCUCCCUCCACCAGCUCAGUUCAACACCUUUCGUUUUUUGCCCCCGCUGGUCUUCCAUGUAGGAAGCCGAGGCUGGCGAGCCCGACACUCGGGAGCCGCUGCGGGGGGGCCUCUUUUUGGGGAGGCGCCGACCCGGGCAGGCUUCGCCGACCCCAGGGAAGCGGCGGCCGCUUUCCUCCGGGGUGCGCCGGGGCCCGAGAGCCGCGCAGGGCUCGGGCAGCGCGGGGUGGGGCAGCGGGAGCGCGGGCCCCCGAGCCCCGGCGGGCGCCUCCGGGCCCCCGCACGCGUCCCGGCCUCCGGGAGACUGGCGCAUGCCACGGAGCGCCCUUCGGGCCGCCGCCGCUCCUGCCCGGGCCCCUGCUGUUGCUGUUGUCGCCUGCGCCUGCUGCCCCAACUCGGCACCCGACUUCUUCAUGGUGUGCGGAGGUCAUGUUCGCUCCUUAGCCGGCAAACGACUUUUCUCCUCGCCUCCUCGCCCCGCAUGUUCAGGACCAAACGAUCUGCGCUCGUCCGGCGUCUCUGGAGGAGCCGUGCGCCCGGCGGCGAGGACGAGGAGGAGGGCGCGGGGGGAGGCGGCGGAGGCGGCGAGCUGCGGGGAGAGGGCGCGACGGACGGCCGGGCACAUGGGGCCGGUGGCGGCGGCGCAAGCAGGGCUGGCUGCUGCCUGGGCAAAGCGGCCCGAGGUGCCAAAGGUCACCACCCCCAUCCCCCAGCCGGGGGCACCGGUGCGGCCGGGGGGCCCGAGGCGGAUCUGAAGGCGCUCACACACUCGGUGCUUAAGAAACUGAAGGAACGGCAGCUGGAGCUGCUGCUCCAGGCCGUGGAGUCCCGCGGCGGUACGCGCACCGCGUGCCUCUUGCUGCCGGGCCGGCUGGACUGCAGGCUGGGCCUGGGGGCGCCCGCUGGCUCGCAGCCCGCCCAGCCGCCCUCGUCGUACUCGCUCCCCCUCCUGCUGUGCAAAGUGUUCAGGUGGCCGGAUCUCAGGCAUUCCUCGGAAGUCAAGAGGCUGUGUUGCUGUGAAUCUUACGGGAAGAUCAACCCCGAGCUGGUGUGCUGCAACCCCCAUCACCUUAGCCGACUCUGCGAACUAGAGUCUCCCCCUCCUCCUUACUCCAGAUACCCGAUGGAUUUUCUCAAACCAACUGCAGACUGUCCAGAUGCUGUGCCUUCCUCCGCUGAAACAGGGGGAACGAAUUAUCUGGCCCCUGGGGGGCUUUCAGAUUCCCAACUUCUCCUGGAGCCUGGGGAUCGGUCACACUGGUGCGUGGUGGCAUACUGGGAGGAGAAGACGCGAGUGGGGAGGCUCUACUGUGUCCAGGAGCCCUCCCUGGACAUCUUCUAUGAUCUACCUCAGGGGAAUGGCUUUUGCCUCGGACAGCUCAAUUCGGACAACAAGAGUCAGCUGGUGCAGAAAGUGCGGAGCAAAAUCGGCUGUGGCAUCCAGCUCACGCGGGAAGUGGACGGCGUGUGGGUGUACAACCGCAGCAGUUACCCCAUCUUCAUCAAGUCGGCCACACUGGACAACCCGGACUCCAGGACGCUGCUGGUGCACAAAGUGUUCCCCGGUUUCUCCAUCAAGGCUUUCGACUACGAGAAGGCGUACAGCCUGCAGCGGCCCAACGACCACGAGUUCAUGCAGCAGCCAUGGACUGGCUUCACCGUGCAGAUCAGCUUCGUGAAGGGCUGGGGCCAGUGCUACACCCGCCAGUUCAUCAGCAGCUGCCCGUGCUGGCUGGAGGUCAUCUUCAACAGCCGGUAGCCGCGUGGGGAGAGGACAGAGCGCGAGCCGAGCGGGCCCAGUCCAAACUACUUUGCUGCUAACAUUUUCCUCCUGAGUGCUUGCUUUUCAUGCAAAACUCUUUGGUCAUUGUUUUUUUCCCCCCCCCUUCAUGUCAUUUUGUUUAUGUUCUGUUUUGUGUUUUUUUGUUGUUUCUGUUUUUGAGAAAUAGCUUAUGAAAAGAAUUGUUGGGGUCUUUUUUUGUCAGGGGGUCAUAGUGUGGGCAGGACACCCCUGUCCCCCACCCCCGUAUGAAAAGGGGAAAUAAAAAUCAGUCCCACCAAACAGUGUAUGAAUGGGGGGCAGGCCCUAACUUGGAGGUCAUCGGUUCACUUGUCGGGGUGGAUGUGCGAGUGACUGUGUGUCUGUCGUGUGUGUGUGAGUGUGUACGAGAACAGAGGUGGGGGAACCCAUGUUCCCUGUGUGCUUCUCACUGACCUCUCCGCUGGGAGGUUCGUGCUCCCCGGCUGUGCCCCUCUUGCCCUUUGGUUGUGCUCAGUGGGGCAGAGGCAGUACCUGGGGGGGCCUGCGACCCCACCCGUGUCCCAGCAGCUGCCCGAGCAAGGCCCUGCCCCCGCCCUGCCUCCUCCCCUUCAGGACGCAGGCCUGUCACCAGGCUCCGAAGGAACAACCCUGCAAAAAGAGGCCCGACCAGAACCAGUUGUUCGAAUUCAGGCUUGUCGCCUCCCUCCCCAGCCACCCCGCCGCCAUUGUCGCGUCUUUCUCGUUUGGCCAUCUGCUCCUGGAUGUCUCUGAGAUGGGCUCCCUGAGGGCUGCCGGGGCAGCCCCGCCACAGUAUUGCUCGCCCAGUGCCCUCUCAGGCCCCGCCCCCUCCCCCCUGCCCUGGUCACAUCAGGUUUUACCCAGACUCCGAAAACCAGCUCCGCACUUUCCUCCCCUCCGCAGUCCGCGUGCCGAGCUCCGCUGUUAGACCAGCGAGGGGAGCAGCCCCCCUUCCCUUCCCACCAAGAAGGAUUCGGUCCAUCGUAACCCAAGGUACCGCCCUGGGCUGACACCUAACUCUUCUUUCGUUUCUUCUACAACUCAUACACUCGUAUGAUACGUUGACACUGCUCUUAGCUCAAUGAGCAUGUUUAGACUUUAACAUAAGCUAUUUUUCUAACUACAAAGGUUUAAAUGAACAAGAGAAGCAUUCUCAUUGGAAAUUUAGCAUUGUAGUGCUUUUGAGAGAGAGAGGACUCCUGAAAAAAACAAACAAACCCUGAGAUUUAUUAAAGAAAAAAAUGUAUUUUAUGUUAUAUAUAAAUAUAUUAUUACUUGUAAAUAUAAAGACGUUUUAUAAGCAUCAUUAUUUAUGUAUUGUGCAAUGUGUAUAAACAAGAAAAAUAAAGAGAAGAUGCACUUUGCUUUAAUAUAAAUGCAGAUAACAAAUGCCAAAUUAAAAAAAGAUAAACACAAGAUUGGUGUUUUUUUCUAUGGGUGUUAUCACCUGGCUGAAUGUUUUUCUAAAGGAGUUUAUGUUCCAUUAAACAAUUUUUAAAAUGUAUACUUGA